GGUCUGGGUCGCGCGCACAGUGUUGUCCGGCCGGUGGGUGAGCGCGUGAUACAGAAUGUUUACAUUCCAUGGACACCAGCGGGCCGGAGGGGGACAGCUCCAGGAGGGUCAGGAGGAGGAGGGGAAAUGUCUGGAUCUUGGUCCCAUUCAGGAGUGCUCUCCGAUUGCAGGGAAGCAGCAUGGGAUCCAGAUGCUCAAGGAGAAUACACAUGACCGAUCCCUUCCAAUGAUUGCACCAAAGCAGAGAAAGGUAGAUGGUGAAAAUCGUUCCUUUAAAGAGCGCUGGGAAUUAGACUAUUUUUUCAUUAGAAACCGAGACAAACCACAGUGUUUGAUAUGUUCACAAACUUUGGCUGUUUGCAAAGAAUAUAACGUUAAAAGGCAUUACUACUCCCAGCAUGAAAAGGUAUAUGGCCAGUAUACAGGAGAACUGAGGAUUGCAAUGAUGAAUGACUUAAGGAGCAAGCACUUUGACCAGACCAAUGCCCCUCCACCAUCCGUACCCAAUGAAAAGGCAGCAGUGAAGGCAUCAUAUGUGAUAUGUGAAGAAAUUGUAAAGAGAAAAAGAGCAUUUAGUGAUGGACCCUUUGUGAAGGCUUGUGCUAUUAAAAUGGCUCGUGCGUUUGGCAAUGAAGAUUUAGCUAAACAUUUUGAGUCUGUUUCCCUGUCACACCAAACCGUAGCCCGUCGCAUUUCUGUAAUGGAUCAGUAUGUUAAUCGGAAAGUGCACAACGUCAUUACAGAUUGUGCCUAUUUCUCUGUGGCCUUGGAUGAGAACACGGAUAUCACUGGUAUCAGCCAGCUCAUCAUUUUCAUCCGUACAGUAAAUGACAACUUUGAAACGUCAGAAGAAUUGUUAAAAUUGACAUCUCUUCAGGGAACCAGAAAAGAAGAAGACAUUUACAAUGAAGUAAAGUGUGCUGUUGCGGAGUACGGGGGCUUUAAAAAGUGUACAAGCAUCAUUACUGAUGGUGCCAAGUCGACAGUAAUCAAAAAUUUGUGUCUUUCUACUUUACUUAAAAGGGAUGGUAUUGAAUGCAUGAUGCUACACUGCAUUGUGCAUGAAGAGGCUUUGAUUGGUACUUUGUUAAAAAUGACUGAUGUCAUGGAGAUUGUUAUACGGAUUACAAAUUUAAUAAGUGACAAGAAGUGUGCCCUAACUCGCAGAAGAUUUAAAGCCUAUCUGGAAGAGCUUGAAGCUGCCUAUGGGGACUUACCAUUACACAAAAACGUUCGCUGGUUGAGUGCAGGGAACUAUCUCUCCAGGUUUUUUAGCCUUCGAAAAGAAAUUUAUCUCUUUUUGAUGGAAAUAAAGUGUGACCCUGUUUUGGAAGAGAGUCUUAUCGAUGGGGAUUUUUUAAGCUCCCUUGCUUUUUUAACUGAUAUUACUCUACAUUUAAAUUAUUUGAACAAAAAACUGCAAGAAAAGGACCAACAAGUUAGUCAACUCUACAAUCAUAUUUCUUCAUUUAGGAACACAUUGAUGUUGUUAAAAUUAAAUCUGCUGAGGAACGAAUUGACACAUUUGCAAUCCUGCAAUGAACUUUUCCAGGAAAUUGAAGAAAAUGGCACAACUUUAGACUUUAGUCGAUUUGUACCAAAGAUAGACAUUCUCAUAGACAAUUUCACUCAGCGGUUUCAGGAAUUCAACAAAAUGAAUUCCAGUUUCAGGUUAUUUAAUAACCCGCUUAACACCAAUAUAGCAAACGAAGAGGCAAAAUAUCAAAUGGAAUUAUGUGAAAUCCAAUCGGACAUGUUCCUGGCCUCGAGAGUAGAGUCAGGAGUGCCAUUUUUUAGAUUGCUCCCCAAGGACAAGUACCCUAACAUGCGGAAUCUCGGACUGAAAAUGACUUCCAUGUUUGGGAGUACAUAUAUAUGUGAGAAGGCAUUUUCGGACUUAAAUUAUAUAAAGUCAAAGUAUAGGAGUAGUAUUUCAAAUGGCACACUUCAGCAAAUCUUGCGUCUUUCCACAACAAACAUCAGUGUAGACAUUGAUGAACUUUUGUCUCAACUUUCUCAUUAAACGUGGAAACAUUC